AUGGCCACUGCUCAGCUUUUUCAUGCUAUCAGAAUUCACAAGGCAUCUAAGGAAACAGUUUUCCCAUCGCAAAUCACUAAUGAGCAUGAGUCACUGAUAAUGGUGAAGAAGCUUUUUGCUACUUCUAUCUCAUGUAUAACAUAUCUAAGGGGCCUAUUUCCAGAGAGCUCUUAUGGAGAACGCCAUUUGGAUGACCUCAGUUUAAAAAUCCUCCGAGAAGAUAAAAAAUGCCCUGGGUCACUGCAUAUUAUCAAGUGGAUUCAAGGUUGCUUUGAUGCUUUGGAAAAGAGAUACCUACACAUGGCAGUACUUACACUUUACACAAAUCCCAAGGAACCUGAGAAAGUGACUGAGAUAUACCAGUUCAAAUUCAAAUACACAAAAGAAGGAGCCACUAUGGAUUUUGACAGCCACUCAUAUAGUACAAGCUUUGAAAGCGGAACAAACAGUGAAGAUAUUAAGAAAGCCAGUGUUCUACUGAUCCGUAAACUGUAUAUACUGAUGCAGAACCUUGGACCCCUUCCUAAUGAUGUUAUACUUACCAUGAAACUCCACUACUAUAAUGCAGUGACCCCACAUGAUUACCAACCCCCUGGUUUUAAAGAAGGGGUAAACUCACACGUCCUGCUGUUCGAGGGAGAGCCCGUAAACCUGCAAGUGGGAUUGGUCUCCACUGGCUUCCAUAGCAUGAAAGUAAAAGUCACAACCGAGGCCACCAGAGUGUCUGAUUUGGAGAAUAAUUUUCAGGAGAGCAGCGCUACUGAGAUUGCCCAUCAGGGUCUAGACUGUGAUGAGGAGGAAGAGGAAUGCGAUAAUCACAUUCAAAGAAUGAAUUUUAUGUACAGUCAGCAAAGUUCUGAGAGCUCCAGGAAGAAGAGGAAGGUCAGCGAACCAGUGAAAGUCUUUGUUCCAGAGAGAAAAUGA